ACCAAACAAACUCAACUCACCAGCAAUCCUCUUCGUUUACUUCCUUCUCCCUUUAUCUAUCUCCAUUCCAAACCUCCUCAACUUCUCUCUCAUUCCUCUGCAUCUCACAAUGGCUUCAGGAGCAGGAGCAGCAGCAGCAGCAGAAGGCAACUUCAAGACUCUCGUUCUAAAGGUCUCCAUCCACUGCGAGGGCUGCAAGAGAAAAGUCUCCAAGAUCUUGAGCAAAAUCGAAGGUGUCGAGUCAGUCGAUAUCGAUGCGAGGCAGAACAAGGUGAGCAUUAAGUCUCUUGUGGAUGCCCAGACAGUAAUUCAGAAGCUGAAGAAGCACGGCAAGCCUGCUGAGCUCCUGCAGGAGGUGAAUCCGAGUGAUGAUCGAGUUCGUAAACCGGCAACCGAGACCGACAAGCCGCCUGAACCCGCGAAAAUUGGUGUACAAGGCAGUAGUCCUGCUUCUUCUCCCGGUGCUGAUCAGGCUGAGACGGUUAUGGCAGUUGACAAUUCUGUUACUGAGGCCAAAGUGACCAAGGAUGAACCCCCCCAAAACCCCGAAAAAUCCGAAGAGGUAAAGUCGAAAAUAGGCGAUAAAAACAUCGAAGAUACCUUGAAGCCGUCACGUGAAGAAGAGAAGUCCAAGAAGGUCGAAGAAUUAAAUGAUGAGCAUCACACCCCUCGUCAAGUGUUUCCCCCGCAACCGGCUUACGUUAUGAGCUACGACACGACUAAGCCAAGUAUGAGUCAGUCGCACUUUGUGCCUCCUAUGGCAACCGUUUCGUCUCAAGGGAACAUCUACGAUGAUCAAUAUCGGAAUUUUCCACGAUAUUACGAUGGCCCGGUUGAAGCUCAUUCGAACUCAACUGGUUACAUGCAUCAGCAAACAAAUGAUCCAUACAACGCCAUGUUCAGCGAUGAGAACCCGGACGCGAAUUGUAGUCUUAUGUGAUUGUCCCGUAGAGCUUGACUAGAAUCAUGUAAGCUAAAAUUGUGUUAAUCAAAGACCGUGCGUAAUAUUUUGAUCA